CCUGUGACAUUGCUGCUGACAUUGGACAACCAGUUGCAGACAACAAAUUUCAAAAUGUUUCGUCCAACACGACUUGCUCGUGUCUUACUUCGACUUCAAAGAAAACACAGCAACAAUUUGAGAACACUCGCUACGAGAAAUAAUCAAUUUUAUGUCAAAUCAAGCAAAGCAACAGUAAAAGAUGUGCAGCAGCUCUUACAGGUUCACAGAUUGGUCCAGAGUUACAGAUGUUAUAGUUCAGCCGAUUUACCAGCACACACCAAGGUGUCAUUGCCAGCCUUAUCACCGACUAUGGAGAUGGGGACUAUAAAUACCUGGCAGAAAAAGGAAGGAGACAAGGUCACUGAAGGAGAUUUAUUAGCAGAAAUAGAAACAGAUAAGGCCACUAUGGGGUUUGAGUCAUCUGAGGAGGGAUACCUGGCCAAAAUAUUUCAUCCAGCAGGCUCUAAAGAUGUACCCAUUGGAAAGCUACUCUGUAUAAUAGUAGAAAAUGAAGAAGAUGUUGCAGCAUUCAAAGAUUACCAGCCGACGGCAGCAGACGACCAACUUCCUGGUGGAGAUGCAUCUGAACCUGCUGCACCACCGCCUCCACCCCCUCCUAAACCCUCCCCGGCAGCAGUGGCUCCACCACCAACACCUGCUCCAUCAAAGGCAGCCCCACCUCCUCCUUCAGCAUCUGUGUCGAUGCCUCCAUCUGGUGGCAAAGUGGGUGCCUCUCCAUUUGCAAAGACAUUAGCAGCUGAGAAGGGCAUUGAUCUAAGUCAAGUAACAGGCACAGGUCCAGGUGGAGAAAUCAGGGCCGAUGACGUACUCAACUUCUCACCAGCAGCCAGGUCUACAUCUGUUCCAAUAUCAGCACCAGAGGGCGCUUUCGUAGACAUACCUCUGACCAAUAUGAGAAAGACGAUAGCAAAGAGAUUAGUACAGUCGAAACAGACAAUACCACAUUAUUAUUUAACUAUUGAUGUUAAUGUAGAUAAAGUGUUAAGAUUACAUAAAGAACUGAAUGAGAUUUUAUCAAAAGACAACAUAAAAUUAUCAGUUAACGACUUCAUUAUAAAAGCAUCCGCCUUAUCAUGUAAAAAGAUUCCCGAGGCCAACUCAUCGUGGAUGGACGACUCAAUACGACAAUAUAAUAUAGUAGAUGUAAAUGUAGCAGUAGCAACAGCAGCAGGUUUAAUAACUCCUAUAGUAUCAAGGGCUGAUAUCAAGGGACUAUCACAAAUUAGUCAGGAUGUUUUAGCCUUAGCAACAAAGGCAAAAGAAGGAAAACUACAGCCUCACGAAUAUCAGGGCGGAACAUUCACAAUCUCUAACUUAGGAAUGUUUGGUAUUAAAUCAUUUUCAGCAGUCAUCAACCCCCCUCAGGCCUGUAUUUUAGCAAUAGGUGGUGCAGAGAAAAGAUUAGUGGUAGAUGAAGACAGUGAUAAAGGGUACAGUUCAGCCAAUAUGAUGUCAGUAACAUUAAGUUGUGACCAUCGAGUUGUGGACGGUGCAGUCGGAGCACAAUGGUUAGCAGAGUUUAGAAAAUUCAUGGAACGUCCCGAGACCAUGUUGUUAUAGCUGUGUUAUACUUAGGGAUUUUAAACUUUAUUGUUGACAGUGCUAUUAAGAAUAUCAUGAUAUAAAAGUGCUGUUUGUGUAAAAUGGAACGGAAUGGACAUUAGACAAGAAUUGAUUUUCAUCAUUUAAUCAGUUAAUAGUGACCGUUUACAAGUAUUUAAUGUAUUAAAAAUUCUGAUCAGCUGACAAUAUAGUGGAUUGGUAAGCCAGGAAUCUUUAUAUUAAAGUACAUUUGUAAUUAAAAAAUCAAAAAUAUUUAUUCUUGACAGAUGGACAUAUUUUUAGCGGAUACAGUAUUAUUUUGUAUGAAGUAAUAAUUUUCACUAUUAUGACAUAAGUAAGUACUUGAAUAUCUGAACUAUAUUAUAUAUUUUUGUAGUUAUUUUACAAUUAUGAUUCAUCUCUUCUAUUAAAGGAAGAUCUACACUGACAGUUGUAACACAGAAUUAUAAUCUAAGAAAGCUAUAAAUAAAGUGCUAUUCUAUCAAUGUUCAAAAAGUAGAUUUUGUUUAGAUUUCUACUAAACAUAAUGUGUAACAUUUUAAUGAAAGAAAGAAUUCUAAUCUGAAGAAUUUGAUAUAAACAGAUCUGCCAGAUAUUAGUUGGACUAUUAUGCAAAACAAAUAAAUCCUGUGUUUCCACUAUCAUGCUGUCAGAAAAAAUGUUAGGUAUAUAUGGUAGGAAUGCAAAUAAUAAUAUGCAUUUCAUCAGCGAGUUUCAAAUAUAAAUUCUGAAUCAAAAUAUAAAAAGUUAAAAGUUCUUGACUUUAAAAGUCGAUUAAAGUAAGAUACUGUUUAAUGUAAGGUUAAUGAAUCUCAUUUUGUUUGCUUGAACUUACUCAUUUAUUUCUAGAACAUGUCUUUAUGAACAACAAAAUUAGGUUGAUUACAUGUUUUUUUUAGUGCAUUUUUUUAGGUACAAUAGAAAAAAUAUAUUUAUUUGAAUUUUUGCGUAAUAAGGUAAGAUAGAAAUCAAAAAGAUUUAUCAUUUUAUAUUUUAAUGAUCCAAUAAAAGGAUUUACUUGUUAAAUAAAAUUGAGAAUGGAAAUGGGGAAUGUGUCAAAGAGACAACAACCCGACCAUAGAGCAGACAACAGCCGAAGGCCACCAAUGGGUCUUCAAUGCAGCGAGAAACUCCCGCACCCAGGGCGUCCUUCAGCUGGCCCCCAAACAAAUAUGUAUACUAGUUCAGUGAUAAUGGACGCCAUACUAAACUCCAAAUUAUACACAAGAAACUAAAAUUAAAAAUGAUACAAGACUAACGACAAUUUGUCUGUAGAGUGAUAUCGAAACUGAAUUAUCUCCCCUUAUUGAUACUAUAUAAAGGUCAUUAUCUCCCCAUAUAUGUUGAUAAUUUCUUUUUUUCCUAUUUCUUAAACUCUGUCUGAUUUAUGGGAAGACUUUCACUUAAGGAUGUAGUUAGGUGAAAUUAAAGAAAUCUAGAAUUUAAAAUUGAUACUAUAACUCAGAAGAGCAUUAGUUAAGGAACAAAAUAAGCUCAAAAUAUUGAUAGGUUAUGGAACUCCUUUUUGAGAUAUGUGAUUUUUUAAAAAUGGCGGGAAAAGGCUGACUUGGACUUUUACCUUAUAUUUAGCAUUGGCAUUAUUUCAUAUUUGGGUCUCAAAUCAUAAGAAAAAAAAUCUAGAAUCUGCUUUAAUUUUGGUAAUGACCUUUUCAUGAGCUGUUUAAGUCUUCUAUGAAAAAAGUGGGUGAUAUACAUGUUGUAGGGCAAAAUAUUUUACCCUGUAUCGAAGGAAAAAACCCAAGGAGUCCAAACAUGUGACAAAAAUUCAUAAACCUGACCUAAGCACAUCCUUAAAAGUUAAUUUGUAAUUUUUUGUUGAUGUGAUUUUUGAAUGUUUCUUUUGUUUGUGGAUUCAUUGAAAUUAAGCUCUUGUGAGCUAUGCCCAUUGUUUCUGUCUGAUUAUCAUCUGUAAUGUUGUUUAGAAGUUCCUUUGCCUGUGUGAACUAUAAUUACUCUGCAUAUAUUCAAAGUUAUUCUGAGAUUCACCUGUACUCAGUAUUCAUUAUAUGAUAUUUUGUUGAAAAGUAAGAAGUUAUUUAAAGAACAUAAAAGAUCAUACGUUUCCGUAUUAUUUGGUUUUGUAGUCUGUGUUAAUUUGCCCUAAAAUAGUAAUUUUUAUGAUGAAUUUACAUCACCAUUCAGCUCAAUAGUCAGUGCUUUGGUACUGACAUGAUUUACAACAAACUUUUCGUAAAUUCUUCAUUGAUAAAGUAAAAAAUUACUAAAAAACAAAACUAAUGUUCCAACUGCCUUAGGCAAAGUUGACCGUAGUAAAAUUUUACUAAUUUUAGGUCUUAUUUGGUGAUACAGAUCUACAUGUGUUUUGAUGUUAUGCAUCAUUGGAUUUCAAAUGCUUCGGUUUGAGAGUUUCUUGUGAAAGUUAAUACAGAAAAGUGCUUGUGACGAAUCAAAUUAAGAAAGUUUUUGUUUCAUUUAAAGGGAUGGCAUACUAAGUAGAAGAGAUAAGUUAAAGAGUUAUUGCCUGAAAAAUGGUGAAUAUUGAAUAAAUUUAAAUAAAUAAGAAUGAUAUUCUACUAAGGACAAUUGUCACCAAUAUUACUGCAGUAACUCUUCAUUAUAUCACACAGUCAUACUAUAUGUUACUAAAUAUCUGUUUAAUUUAUGUGAACUUUUGUAUAAUCAGUGAUUGAAUCUGAACAAAUUAUACUUUUUUUGUUCAGUUUCCAUGGUAAUUAUCUAUAUAUCAUGCUUGUGUAAAAUACUUGUCAGUAAAACAUAAGUAUGAACAUGAUCAGUUUUGACAGUGUUGUUAGUAGACAUUUUAUCAGUUAAUGAUUGGUUCAUUAAAAUGUGAUAUGAA